CUAAGAUUUCUUAAAAAAAAACAUGACUUUAUACUCGGAAUACCAGCAUUUACUCACCGGCCGAUCGCCGGAAAACGCUGAUCAAGAUUCGCUAGACGAGAGAGCAUUUGAUUCGUCUGAACAGAUCAAUAUCAUUGGCACAUCUGACGAAGAAGACGACGAUGGUAUCAAAACACCGCCAUUUUCGUGGAGAAAGUUAUGGCUUUUUACAGGACCUGGUUUCUUAAUGAGUAUAGCUUUUCUUGAUCCCGGAAACCUAGAAGGAGAUCUUCAGUCAGGUGCAAUUGCUGGUUAUUCUCUUUUAUGGUUACUAUUAUGGGCUACAGCAAUGGGUCUUCUUGUUCAGCUUCUCUCCGCCAGACUAGGUGUCGCCACCGGCCGGCACUUGGCGGAGCUUUGCCGUGAGGAAUAUCCAAGAUGGGCGAGGUUAACUUUGUGGAUUAUGGCUGAAUUUGCUUUGAUUGGGUCUGAUAUUCAAGAAGUAAUUGGAAGUGCAAUUGCUAUUAAAAUCUUGAGUAAUGGAAUGAUUCCUCUUUGGGCUGGCGUUGUUAUUACAGCAUCUGAUUGUUUCAUCUUCUUGCUGUUGGAGAAUUAUGGUGUUAGAAAGCUAGAAGCUGUUUUUGCUGUUCUAAUAGGAACAAUGGGAGUAACAUUCGCAUGGAUGUUUGGCGAAACAAAACCAGAUGGGAAAGAACUUCUUCUAGGAAUUUUGAUACCAAAACUGAGUUCAAAGACAAUUCAUCAAGCUGUGGGUGUAGUGGGUUGUAUUAUAAUGCCACACAAUGUGUUCUUACAUUCUGCCCUGGUACAAUCAAGAAACAUCGAUAAUCAAAGAGUUGGUCGUGUGAAAGAAGCCAUUAGAUAUUACUCCAUAGAAUCAACAGCUGCACUUUCAAUUUCAUUCAUAAUCAAUCUACUAGUCACCACUGUUUUCGCCAAAGCAUUUUACGGGACAGAAGAAGCAAACAACAUUGGUUUAGUAAACGCGGGUCAGCUUCUUGAAAAGAAGUAUGGAGGAGGAAAACAUCUUCUUCCAAUUCUUUACAUUUGGGGUAUUGGGUUAUUAGCAGCUGGUCAGAGUAGCACCAUAACAGGAACUUACGCAGGUCAAUUCAUAAUGGGUGGAUUUCUGAAUCUAAGAUUGAAGAAAUGGUUAAGGGCAUUGAUAACCAGAAGUUUUGCUAUCAUACCAACAAUGAUUGUUGCUUUAAUAUUUGAUUCUUCUGAAGAUACAUUGGAUGUUCUAAAUGAAUGGCUUAAUGUUCUUCAAUCAAUUCAAAUCCCUUUUGCUCUUCUUCCUCUACUCUGGUUGGUAUCUAAAGAGGAGGUCAUGGGUGUUUUCAGAAUUGGUCCUUUCUUACAGUUGAUCUCGUGGCUAGUGACUGGAUUGGUGGUUGCUAUAAAUGGCUAUCUUUUGGUGGAUUUUAUCAUGUCUGAAGUGAGUGGUUGGUUAUUUGGAUCUGUUAUAGGGGUAUUUACAAGUGCUUAUCUUGGUUUUAUAGUAUAUCUAAUACUGAGGGAGAUGAGUUGUUUUAGAUUCUUAGGAACAAGGAGAAAUACUUCUAGUACUAUUAUAUAAUAAUGUUGUAUUAUUAUAAGUUUAUGCGCUUGUAUCAUGUUUUUUUGCUCAGUCUGAUGUUCAUUUGUUUCACAAUGAAACAGACUCAUACCGAAUGAAUGAAUGUAAAAUCUGAAACAGUUUUGUUUUU